UACCAUUAUCCAGAAUCUGCAUUUCUAAGCAACCUCCGCCCCUUCUCUCCUCUCUUUUUUUCUUUUCAACCAAGCCCAACUCUUUUUUAUUAUUAUUUUAAUUACUUGCUAAAUUUCAUACCCUCCUUCACUUAACUUCUUCAUCUUACUGUUUUUAUUUUCUUCUUCUUAUAAUAAUAUUUAUAUGUUCCUUUCCUUCUCCCCUUUUCAAUUAAACAAGAGAGAGAGAGGGAGGACUCUGAAAGAUGACCGGCUUGUUCCGCUCCAAAUCUUGUGGACUCGUCGGGCUCACUGAGUUCAACCCUGCUCCGCCCAGUCCCUUCUUCAACCCAACCCAAACCAACAGCGUUGACGCCAAUGACGAUGAAGAAAAAAUGUUUGAUGAUGAAGACGAAGAAGAAGAAGAAAAUGGGUGUUACGGGAACCCCAUUGCUACGAGGGCGAGACGCGGGAACAGUGAUUCAACGUCGAAAGAAAAUAACCAGCUCCCGUUCAGGGAUAUUUUGACGGCGUUGUUAAGGAAGUCUCUGGUGACGUGUAGCGUGGAUACUGGUGACGUUUCUUCCAUGGAUAUUAGCUUGCCAACUGAAGUCAAACAUGUUUCUCACGUUACUUUCGACCGCUUUAAUGGUUUCCUGGGUUUGCCUAUCGAUCUACAGCCUGAUGUUCCCAGAAGGGUUCCAAGUGCCAGUGCAAGUGUUUUCGGGGUUUCUGCCAAGUCGAUGCAGUGUUCUUAUGAUGCAAGAGGGAACAGCGUGCCCACGAUUCUUCUUAUGAUGCAGAAGCGUUUGUACGCCGAAGGAGGCCUCAAGGCUGAAGGAAUAUUUCGAAUUAAUGCCGAUAAUACUCAAGAAGAGUAUGUUCGGAACAAGUUAAACAGAGGUGUAGUACCACGCGGAAUCGAUGUGCAUUGUUCGGCUGGUUUGAUAAAGGCAUGGCUUAGAGAACUUCCAAGCGGAGUUCUUGAUUCCCUCACACCAGAGCAGGUGAUGCACUGCAACACCGAAGAUGACUGCAUCCAACUUACAAGGUUAAUUCCGUCAACAGAAGCUGCCUUACUUGACUGGGCCAUCAACUUGAUGGCAGAUGUUGUGCAACACGAACAAUACAACAAAAUGGACGCCCGAAACAUCGCAAUGGUUUUUGCACCAAACAUGACUCAGAUGGCUGAUCCCUUGACGGCAUUGAUUCAUGCUGUUCAAGUAAUGAAUUUCCUAAAAACAUUGAUCUUGAAGACAUUACGAGAAAGGGAGGAGUUGGCUGCCAAGGGCAGGUCGCUCCCAUCGUACUCGGACUCACCUACUGCCAUAACUGGCAUUCAUACAGAAACCAUAAACAGUGGGGUACCUCAUGAUGAAGCUCUAGAUGGAAGUGCAUUAAAGGAACCUCAUACUGCUAAGUUCUUCCGGUCUGCCACUCUGAGUAGACUCGAAUGCAGUGCUUACGAUAAACUAUGGAGCUUUCAUACGAGUGAAAGAUGGGAAUUUGAAUACAUUUCAGGUAACAGCAUGCCAAAUGCGCACGAAAUAGGGAUGGGGACUGGUUUAGGUUAAGGAAAUGUGUAAGGUGGAUGAUGCAGGAGCCCUGUAAAUAGUAAAGGAUGGAGAAGGUGGGGCGUGGUAUGCCAAAACGUUAAAAUGUUGAUAUGGUGGUUAUUGAUGAUGAGAUGAUUGCUGGUAUUUCAUGAUUCUUAGUGUUUGAGCAAAAUUUGUAGCUUUUGGGAUUUGUUUGAAGGCACCAACUCGAGCUAUAGAUUAGUAUUUACUGAUUUAUGAAACUAAAAAAAAAACAGUUCUGAAUCUCCUUGUACUAGCUUACGAGUCGCAAUAAUUGUAUUGAAAAUUUGACAAUAAAUGAAUUUUUUAUACAA